AUGUCUUUUCUGGUGGCCGUUCAGUCUGCCAUCUUCUACAUAUGCGCUUGCACACCAUGUGCACAAGCAAGGGAGCAUCGCCAGUCCAAGAAGCAGGCGAUCAAGGACCGGGAGGAGAAGCAAAGAAUACAGGCAGAAAACCCGCAUCUGUACCAGCAGCCGGAUCCUUUCAACACGAAUCCAUACUGGAAUGAAGAAAUUAUGAUGGGCCCCAGCUUGCCCAGCAAAAAGUCUACACAAACCAGCAAGAACACUAGCCAGAGGGCCCUGAACAGCGCCGGACGGGACAGUCGAAGCACGACAGAUAGCAGCAUAGCCGUUGGUAUGACCCAUAUUGGCAGCAGUCCGACUGUUGUACCAGAAGAUACCGACUCUACGUUAUCGAAAACAUGGUCAGAUGACUGGAACAAGAAGAGAUAUCAGCGUGAGGAUGAGGAACUUUGGGGAAGAGGGGAGUUCUCCCAGGCUGGCCAUAGGCUCAUGGACGCUAUUAAACACGCUGGAACGUCGGCCGGCCGCAUGCUGGAUGCCUUGGAAGCUCUGGCCAAGGAACCCAAAGAAGUCACUGAUGCGGACAGGGUAGAUUUCUACGCUCCAGCAAGACACCCUCCAGUGAAUGACUAUCACCCUCCGAUUGUUAGUCAGCGCCCGAAGAACAAGAAUGCUGCCAAGUGGAUGCUACAGCCUCCACCAUCCGCCAAGGUUAUGGAAGGCAAGGUACCCGUCAGCAGGAGCGCCAGUCAAGCAAGCAGGCGAACAGUUGCUAGCAAUGGUCCGCCCUUGGGCAGACAGGUUCAGGAGAAAAUGAUUGAUGCCAAGCUGCGGAGUGGAGAGUUGCCCACAGAGAUCGAACUGAUACUCGCAUCUCGUACGAUUUCGAACCAGAGGCGAAAUACAUCCUCGAGUCGGGGCGCGCUCAGCCAGCGAAGCGCACGGAGUAGAAGUCUCUCGUUGGAGUCUUCUGAUUUAUCAGACGAGCUCAUGAAACAGAAGCGGCGCAGUCGCGUCAGAACACCCGUGACACCCGACAUCGACUCAUCUGAUGAUGAAGAGUUCUACCGCGGUAGCCCAAUCUCGGACCGUCAAUCGACGCGAGCAGCCCGCCGACCAAAACUCCAAACAAUCAAGAGUUCCCGGCCAAGCAGCGAGAAGGCUAGUCCGACACGGAAGUCGACAUUGAAGGGAAAUCGCCCUGCGCGUGUAGGCUCCCCUUACAGGAACGUGUCCGACCUGGCCUCGCACCCUGAGGAUGCAAACAAGGCGGGCACUGAAGAGCUCUCGCGUACAGCAACAAUUCAGCCAAUUUCUACCACACCUGGACCAGCGGCUUAG